UUAAUUCAUUGUGGUAGCACAUUGUGUCAGCUUCUUGUUACUGGAAUAUUAUCCAUGCGAAAUCGGUUAGAGCCAGUCUAUUCUGAGAAUUUUGGUCUUGUAUUUAAAUUAAACUGGAAUAACCAGGAUGUCGCUUUUGCGUGAAUCUGUAAAUAUAACCAAAUGCAGCAGAUCCGGUGAUACUUCUAUCAUUCGGACAUUUAGGCGUAUCGGUAGUGUAGUAUUAGGGGAAGCAGUUAACCAUCCUAACUCUGUUAAUAUCGAUCAAAGUAGAUCUGGAUUCAACUUGGAAUUCGGAUUAACUCGAGGGCAGGGCCUUUCGGAAAGGCGUCAAUAUUCUACUAGGACGUCUCUGUUCAAAUCAAACUAUUCAAUAGAUACUUUAUCAUCAGGUUUUUUAGGUGUCAAUACAUCUAUAUCUUGUAACACAUCAAGCGCAUUAUUUAUGUUGUCACAGCUUUCAGCAUUUCACUCUUGCCGUUUUUCUAAAGGGAUGAGUGUAAUACCAAAUGGCAACGCUGCUAUCGUCAGUGAAAAUGGCACUGCUUCCUUUUCAACAAAAUCAUCAUCCAUCACAAGGGAUUUAGAUGCUAAUAUUAUGGGUCCUCUCUGUUCGAAAAUAGAAGACUUGUUAGAGGUUAAACUUGCCCAGAUUGCUGAAUUACGAACUAAAUUCGGUCAAACCAAGAUUGGAGAGAUCACUAUAUCUCAGGUUCUUGGUGGUAUGCGGGAUAUGGUAGGUAUGAAUUGUGAGACUUCCCAUCUUGAUGCGAACACUGGUAUUACAUACCGUGGAUUGACCAUUCCUCAAAUCUUGGAGCAUCUUCCAGGUCUUACUCCAGGUAAUAAUUGCCCCUAUACGGAAUCUGUGCUAUGGUUGCUUCUGACGGGCCAGGUUCCCACUGAAGAAGAGGCGUUAAUGCUUUCAAAAGAGCUCGCUAGGCGCGCUCGUUUGCCUCACUAUGUCUACAAAGUGAUUGAUAAAUUACCCAUAUACUCUCAUCCCAUGACUCAGUAUGUGGCUGCUAUCACUGCGUUGCAAACUGAAUCUGUUUUCCGCAAGGCGUACAGUGAGAAGACAUACAGGAGAGACACUGCAUGGAAGGUAGUCUUGGAGGAUGCCUUGAAUUUGAUUGCUCAAAACCCUUUGAUUGUCGGAUACAUUUACAGGCGAACAUUCGUUGACAACAUGAUCACUGACGGUCAAGGCAUGAUAUACGAUCCGGAUAUGGAUUACGCGGCUAAUGUAGCCAAGUUAAUCGGUAUUGACACGCCGGAAUUCCAUGAUAUGAUGCGCUUGUAUAUUGCUGUACAUGCUGAUCACGAAGGUGGUAACGUAUCAGCCCAUUCGGCGCUGUUAAUCGGUUCUGCGUUAUCAGAUCCCUAUUUCUGUUUUGCGGGUGCUUUAACUGGUUUAUCAGGACCCCUUCACGGUCUGGCAAAUCAGGAAUGUCUAUCCUGGAUAAACAAGUUAGUUGAAGAGCUCAAGGGUAACAUAACUUUGGAGACCGUGACAAAAUUCGCUCAAGACACUUUGAAGAAGGGCCAGGUCAUUCCUGGGUAUGGUCACGCUGUUCUCAGGGUUGAAGAUCCCAGGCAUACUGCCUUUGUCAAUUUCGCUCACAAGCACUUCCCCGAUGACCCUUUGGUCAAGGUUCUGGAUAUAUGCCUUAAGGCAAUUCCGCCAGUUCUAGAGGCUACUGGUAAAGUAAAGAGUCCUCAUCCGAAUGUUGACUGUUCUACUGGUAUUCUUUUGUCUCAUUUUGGCAUAUCUCAUCCUGACAUGUUUACUGUUUUCUUUGGUAUAUCCCGUGCUAUUGGAAUUAUGUCUCAACUGGUGUGGUCGCGUGCCCUUAGAAUGCCAAUAGAGCGUCCCAAGUCACACACGGUUGAGAAAUUACUUGAGAUGUGCAAGGAAGUAUAACAUAUAUUUAUGUAAUAUUAGUGUG